AUGAAUAGCUUCAGUCUACUGAUCUUUGCGUUAAUAACUGUUUGUUCGAUAAACAGCGCAGCUGUGAGCCGGAACAAUGGUUUUCAAUCAUACAUCGAUAAUCUUUUGAAUGAGUUGGAGUCGACAUCGAUGGAUGCUAUACUCUACUGGAAUUAUGUCACUCUGCAAACAUGUGCCAAUGAUUAUGAUCCCUUGGUUGCUGCUACUCCAGAUCAAGUCGGCCCAACAGGCACAUCUCGUGCCUUUGCCAUCAUUCAUGGCGCCAUGUAUGAAGCAAUGGCGUCAUUCNGCCGGAACAAUGGUUUUCAAUCAUACAUCGAUAAUCUUUUGAAUGAGUUGGAGUCGACAUCGAUGGAUGCUAUACUCUACUGGAAUUAUGUCACUCUGCAAACAUGUGCCAAUGAUUAUGACCCCUUGGUUGCUGCUACUCCGGAUCAAGUCGGUCCAACAGGCACAUCUCGUGCCUUUGCCAUCAUUCAUGGCGCCAUGUAUGAAGCAAUGGCGUCAUUCAAUGCAUUGUACAAACCCGUGUACAAACUAAAGAACAUGCCAGACACUAAUUCUGUUUUCAAAGAAUCAGCGGUCAAUGCAGCCAUCAUGGAAGCAGCCUAUCAAACAUUAUACGCUCUCUAUCCCAAACAACGUCCAAUCUUCGAUGCUGUGCGAAAAGCAUAUCUUAAACAACAGAAAACCGAUGGCAACAAGCAAGCAGGCAUCAAUGGCGGUGUUCUCAUUGGUCAAAUCAUCGCCGCAUUCAUUCUUGCCGAUCGUGAGAAUGAUGGUAGUAAAGUAGACAAAGCAUACACACUCAUCAAGCUACCUGGCUAUCAUCAACCCGAUCCAACUCAUCCCAAUCAAAGCUUUCUGGGUGUUAACUGGGGUAACGUGCGACCAUUUCUGCUCAGUAGUGGCUCUCAGUAUCGCCCAUCAAACUUCAUUGGUGAUUCUAUUCUUACUCGUAAUAAAUAUCUCAACUCAACCAAGUAUAUUAAUGAAUUCAAUGAAAUCAAAUCGUUGGGUGCCAAGACAAGUACUGUUAGAAGCAAAGAUCAGACAGAAAUCGGUAUCUAUUGGGCAUAUGAUGGUGCACCGAAACUUGGUGUGCCUCCUCGUCUAUACAAUCAGAUUGUGCGCGUCAUUGCCAUUCAACAAUUGAAUACACUCGAAGCCAAUGCACGGCUCUUUGCUCUGGUGAACUAUGCAAUGGCUGAUGCAGGAAUCGCAGCAUGGAAUGCCAAGUAUUACUACAACUUCUGGCGUCCAAUUGUAGGCAUUCGACAAGGAACAGGCUACACCCCAGGUGAUCCUAACUGGUUACCACUUGGCUCACCCGCCGAUAAUGCGGGUAGUACUGAUUUUACUCCUGGUUUUCCCGCGUAUGUCUCGGGUCAUUCGACGUUUGGUUCGGCGACAUUCGAAUCACUGCGGCAGUUUUACAACAAGGACAACAUCCGUUUUCAGUUUCAAUCCGAUGAAUACAAUGGCAAAACAUUCGAUUCCAACACGGGAAAAAUACGACCAGCCAAAAUUCGUGCUUUCCAGUCGUUGACAGAAGCAGAAACAGAGAACUAUCUCAGUCGCAUCUACCUCGGUGUGCACUGGCGCAGUGAUCAAGAAGAAGGACAAACACUUGGACGAAAGGUGGGACAACAUGCCUUCAGAAAGUUCAACUAA